CGGGAACUGAGCCGAGGAAACUAUUCUUCAUCCGUACAGGUGUCAGAGAUCAUACACAACCGCACAGCUGAAAAUACAUCCGGACUAAAGCCAUGAUUUCACUCAGCAGCUGUCAGACGCUCCUCCUGAUGGCCGUCUGCGGUGUUUUCUGCUGCAGGACUCUUGCAUUGCCUGCCAUCUCCGCAUAUCCUGACAUCAGACCAGGCACUCUUGAUGAAGACGGAGAGGACGACUGGACGAGAGACCUGUCAUUACAGGAUCUGGAGGCAUAUAAACUCCUGUAUGAACUCGCAAACACCGUCGAGAGACCAUCCAGACACGCUGAUGGGCUCUUCACGAGCGGAUACAGCAAACUGCUCGGCCAACUGUCUGCUAAAGAAUAUCUGGAGUCUUUACUCACAAAGAGAGUCAGUGAUGAGCUGGGUGUGGAGCAGAUGCCUGUGAAACGUCACUCAGACGCCGUCUUCACAGACAACUACAGCCGCUACCGCAAACAGAUGGCGGCCAAGAAAUACCUCAACUCAGUUCUGGCAGGAAAAAGGAGGUACGGCUCGAAUAAAAGGUGAUGCACUCCCGCUCAAACGCUGCCUGUGCUCUUCAACAUUUGUCAAGUCAAACCUGAUGUUCUGUAGAGGACACGGACGGCACAGCUUCAAGAUUUCGCCAUCAUUAUAUAUUCAAGCUUACACAAUCUAUUACGGCUGAAAUUGAAUAAACAGCACUAAACACAACACAAACUGAAUGAGCGCGUCAGUGAAUGUGAUUCAGAAUCCGUGUGAAUGGCACGUCUGUUUGUUGUUGGCUGACUAAUGCUGUUAUGUCUAUAGAAAUCUAUUUUGACUCUGCUGUCAUUCUUGAUAACUGAAAUCA